UCUCCCACCUCCCCCAUCCAAUCUUCGCUUCUCUCGGGCCUGACCGAAAGCAGCGGCCAGCCCAGCAGUGCGCGCGGCAAUGGCGGACCCCGUCGACCUCGUGCAGCGCCACUGCCUCCGCCUCUCGACGCGGCUUCCGCCUCCGCCGCAGCCGCGAUGCCUCGUCGGGGCUCGCCUCCGCCUCCCGGGCUCUCCCCUCUCGCUCCGGUGCCGCGCGCUCGACGCCAGCAAGCCGGUGGCGGUGGAGGGGGAUAAGAGCGAGGAGGACGACGAAUCGUACUUCUCGGUGAUAUCGUCGAGGCUUUCCGAUGUGGACUACCACGGGGAGAGCACCAAGGGGGAUUUGAACGUUCGGAGGGAGCACAUCGACGCGCUCGGUGGGAAUGGCAAGUCAACAUUGCAUGGUCCUAUAGAGGAGAUAGCUUGGAAAGAAGCGAAAGAAGCUGAAACAUUGCUCAGUGACAUGGGAAUUGCAGAUCCUUUAACACUGAGGCACUCUCCUCGUGGAAUUUUCUGCACCAGGACACUAAAUCUUCGAUCUAUCAGUGUCAUUGGCUAUGACAUGGAUUACACAUUGGUUCAUUACAACGUGAUGGCCUGGGAAGGGCGUGCAUAUGAUUUUGGGAUGGCCAACCUGAAGAGCAUGGGUUUCCCAGUUGAUGACCUUGAAUUUGAUCCUGACCUGGUUAUCAGGGGUCUUAUUAUGGAUAAAGUAAAAGGAAACUUGGUUAAAGCUGACCGUUUUGGAUACAUUAAGAGGGUCAUGCAUGGUACCAAAAUGCUGUCCACUCGUGCUGUGAGUGAAAUAUAUGGAAGAGAAUUGGUGGACCUGCGGAAAGAAAGUACAUGGGAGUUCCUUAAUACUCUUUUCUCUGUUUCUGAAGCUGUCAUGUUCAUGCAGAUGGUUGACAAGUUGGAUCAGGGUUUGGUGCCUCCUGAACUUGGGCCACUGGAUUACACAGGGCUGUACAAUGCUGUUUCCAAAGCACUUUUUCGAGCCCAUGUAGAAGGUCAACUCAAGAGCGAGAUAAUGGCUGAGCCUGAGCGAUUUGUAGAGCCUGAUCCAGAACUGCCUUUAGCUCUUCUAGAUCAAAAAGAGGCUGGAAAAAAGUUGCUUCUUAUUACUAAUUCAGAUUACCUCUAUACGAACAAAAUGAUGAAUCAUGCAUUCAAUCGCUUCCUUCCGAAUGAUAUGGGAUGGAGAGAUCUGUUUGAAAUGGUUAUAGUCUCUGCGAGGAAGCCAGAGUUUUUUCAAAUUUCACACCCAUUGUACGAGGUUGUAACAAAUGAUGGAUUAAUGCGUCCCUGUUUUAAAGCAACUUCAGGGGGCUUGUACUCUGGUGGUAGCGCUCAGAUGGUUGAGAAGUCUCUAGACAUUCAUGGUGAUGAGAUAUUAUAUGUGGGGGACCAUAUUUUCACAGAUGUAAGCCAAUCGAAAGUUCAUUUAAGAUGGAGGACAGCAUUAAUCUGCCGAGAACUAGAAGAUGAGUUUGAGGCACUAAUCCAAAGCCAUGUUCAGAAAGAAAAGCUUGUCACACUUAUACAACAAAAGGAAAUCGUGGGAGACCUUUUUAACCAAUUUCGCCUGGCCCUGCAGAGGCGUACAAAUUCACGUCCUGCACAGACAGUUGCUGCUACUUCUAUGAAUGAUCAGGAGCUUACAGAAAGUAUGCAAAAGUCGCUCAUUGUUAUGCAGAGAUUAGACGAAAAGAUUGCACCAUUGAUGGAAUCGGAUGGAGACCUUUUCAAUAAAAGAUGGGGUUGGCUGUCACGGGCCGGCCUUUGGGACAAGAGCCAUCUAACCAGGCAAAUUGAAAAAUAUGCUGAUAUAUACACAUCAAGGGUUUCAAAUUUUCUACACUAUACUCCUUUCAUGUAUUUCCAGUCACAAGAACAGACACUUGCACACGAUGUCCAUUCCUAUUCCCGCGGUCAAUAAUGUUGGCGCCACUGCCAACGGGCUCCACCGAUUUUAAUUCAGAGGAAGAGAUGGGGUGAUGGAAAAAGAAAGGGAAAAUAAAAUUGUGGCCGUGGCAGCUGGGCAGAACCUGCAUUCCAGUGCAAGGGCUUCUAACUUGGAAGAUGUUACAUUGCGUCGUCAUGUGUAGCUGUGUGCCUAACUGCCUGCGUAUGUAAAGUGAUUAGCUUGUAAAAUUGUCACACUCGUAAGUUGAUUACAGUAAGCUUUGGUUUGGUUUGGUGAGGAACAAACGACCAGUGUAACUACGGUGGGUCAUGUAAAGCGUGACACAGUGGAGAUCCGUCAUUGUGUAACAUACAUUGUGCAAAAUACAUGUUAUUAAAUAAUGAAAAUAUUGUAUUUCUAGUUCA